ACGCGACCUAAACGUGCUAUAGUAACAACUUCCAACGCACUCCUCGACGGGCUAGCCAGCCGCCAACGCCAUUCAACUACAACCAUGAACCUUUCGCUGUUCACGGUCAGCGCUUUUCUCAUCCUUGACUCUGAGGGACACCGUGUCCUGGCGAAAUACUACCGUCCGAAAAGCCACCCCAAUGCUUCCGAGGCAAACAGACACCUCAAUACCCUCAAGGAUCAGCGGGCGUUCGAGAAGGGGUUGUGGGCGAAGACUAAGAAACCCGGCGGUGACAUCAUCCUCUACGACUCGCAGCUUGCGGUAUACAGACACUCUCUCGACCUAAUCUUCUAUAUUAUCGGCUCGCCUGCCGAAAACGAGAUCAUGCUUCACGGUGCACUAACAGCCGUAUGUGACGCUGUCCAUCUGCUGCUGAGGAAUCAGGUGGAGAAGCGAGUUGUAUUGGAAAACUUGGACUUGGUGUUGUUGUGUUUGGAUGAAACGAUUGAUGAUGGAAUUAUCGUCGAGACAGACUCAACAACGAUCGCAUCGAGAGUGAGCAGGCCGAAGGCGGACACAACGGAGAUCGUGAUCAAUGAGCAGACCCUAAUGAGCGCGUACCAGACCGUUAGGGACAAGGUUCAACAGAAGAUACAGCAACUGUAGCCGUAACGUCACAGUCCCCUCUUUUUCUCCUCGAUGUUUAAUCCCUACCUGCAUCACCCAUUCGAAAAACAUAUAUUCCUCCUGUGCAAACUCCUGAA